AUUUUAAACCAAAAUAAAAAUGUAUCCAAGUGAUUUAAAGAAAAAUGGGUGAAGGGAAGAGAGAAAGAAGAUAAGACACUUGUGGAGAGCUUGUGCCAAAAAAAAUCCAACGGCUCAGAUUCACCCAACCUUAUUAUAAUCCCUUCGUAACAAAUGCCACACGAAGACACACAUACACACACUACCGAUAAAGAAAAGGGAAACCAGAGAAGAGAGAGAGAUAACAACAAUGGUUUCUUCGCUUCUUAUGUCAUUUGCUCCGGCCACCGUGAGGGUUUACGCCACUGGCACAAAGGGAGCUUCAGGCGGUGCAAAGGAGGAGAAGAAUCCCAUCGACUUUGUUCUUGGGUUUAUGACAAAACAAGAUCAGUUCUACGAGACUAAUCCAAUUCUAAAGAAGGUGGAGGAGAAAGAAGGUACCACCGGAAGCCGAGGAACCGUUCGCGGCGGUAAAAACUCAGCUCCGACGCCAGUGCCGCCUAAGAAGAGCGAGGGUGGAUUUGGUGGCUUAGGUGGCCUCUUCAAAAAAUAGAAGAAAAAUGUAUAGUAAUUUGCAUUCUUCAUGCCUUUGUUUUUAUUCUCUAUAAUUCUUCGGAUUUCAAUCAUAUAUAAGCUACUCUUUCUUCAUCUUGUUUGACAUCACAUGAACUAGUUAUUAUUUUUCUGAACA